AUGGCACUCGAAAUCGUUUCUGAUAACUCCGGCUGGACUUUUAGCCCCCGGAUCUCGAGUGAUCUUUGGCAAACUGAUCGCAUCGGUGAUCUCCGAGAAAACUCCUCCCUCCUGCAAUCAUCCUCAUGUGACUUCCAUUUCUGCAUUCCCGAGCAAAAUUACUCCUCCCCAGCUGACCAGUUCUUCUACAACGGGAAGAUCCUCCCUCUUGCAGCCAUCAGCGCACCUCUUGCCUCCGUUCCACCUCGGAGUGCAACGUCGGGGAGCCUGAAAGAGUUAUUAGAUAGUGAGAAGCAGCCGACUCCGGCACCGGCGGCAUCCAAAUCCUUCUGUAGCCAGAACUAA